AUGGCCGUAGUCUCUGUGUGGGAGGUUCCGCCAAAGGUCUCGGCUGCCAGGCUGAUGGGCAACAACAACACCGGUAACAUCUGCAUCUGGCCGUCCGAGGAGGUUUUCGCCCAUCUUCUCCUCACCCGCCACGCCGGCCUUCUUGCCCGCAACUCGUUUCGGGCCAUCGAGCUUGGCGCCGGCAUGACCGGUCUUGCCGGCGUUGUCGUUGCGGCUGCAGCCGCUUCCGACACUGCCGCGGUUGUCGUCACCGACGGCAACCCGACCUCGGUUGAUCUGCUCGCUGCCAAUCUUGCCGCCAACCACGGCGUCAGCUGGGACGCUGCCGUAGACUACUCGGCCGAUGUGGCGUUGUGCGGCGGCCGCUUUGAUCUUGUCUUUGCCGCCGACUGCCUCUUCUUCGAAGCUGCCCACUUGGGCCUCAUCCAUGACACCAACGGAGAAUCAGAGGAACCAACCGGCCCGCGACAUCAUUUCGAAGUCGCGCCCGGCCAGUACCAGCUCGAGCCUGUGCCGCUCUUUGCUGACAAGUCCGGCAUCCGCAAGCCCCACAUUUCGACCAACCCCGCUUCUGCAUGGGCGUACCUUGUUGUUGCUGCCGUGGCGUCUGCCGUGUACUGCAACUCGCUCUGGGGCGAGCUGUUCUUUGACGACGAGUACGCUAUUCACCGCAACGCAGACGUCGUCUCGCCCGAUCCUGUCCCCUGGUCGCACUACUGGCGCCACGACUACUGGGGCAUGCCCAUGGAUGACCCCCGCUCGCACAAGUCUUUCCGUCCGCUUGUGGUCCUCACCUUUCGCGCCAACUUUCUCAUCUCGGGUACCGCUGAGUUCGGCUUCCACCUUGGCAACGUACUCUUCCACGCCCUGGGCUCAGCUCUGGUGCUUCCCAUCGCCGGCACCAUCCUCGAUGGCUACUCGCACGCCUCUCUCUUUGCCGCUCUUCUCUUUGCCACCCAUCCUGUCCACGCCGAGGCCGUCGCUGGCGUCGUCGGCCGCGCCGAGGUCAUGUGUUUUGUCUUUUACGCUGCCGCCUUUCUUGCGGGCGUCCGUGCCGCUCGUCGCUACCACACGUCGCUGAGAUGGUCGAUGGCAGUCUGUGCCUUUGCUGCUGCCGCCACGCUUUGCAAAGAGACUGGCAUUACUGUCUUUGGCGUCCUGUUCUUCUACGAAAUGUUGUAUGUCAUGAACUGGCUGGAGUUGCCGGUCCAGGCCAAAGAUGAGGCCGCAGCGGCUGCGGCGGCUCGCAAUCCGGCACGUGUUGGCAAGAUCAAUGCCGUAGUUGCCGCUGCCACCCGCUUCAAGCUAGUCUCGUGGCAGCCCGAUCGGUUCUGGCCCGUCUUUGUCCGCCAAGUCUCGUACGCGCUCUUUGGUCUCGUCUUUAUGUGGUGGCGCCUCUCGCUCAACCAGGGCGUGCUCCCAACAUGGCCCGAGAAGGACAACCAGGCUGCCGUCUCGGACGAGCUCCUGCCCAAGCUUCUCAACUUUCCCUACAUAUACGCCUACAAUACGUGGCUGCUCAUCUUCCCGCUCCAUCUUUGUGCCGACUACUCGUUCGAGUCGAUUCCCAUGAUCGAGUCGUUUGCCGACGUCCGCGUCGCUCUCACCUGGGCGCUGGCCGCUGUUGUGCUCGGCGGCUGCCUCUACGCUUGCGGGCUCAACGUCUUGCGCAUGUCGACCUCGACUCGCGUUCAUCUUCCGGUUCUCGCUGCCGCCGCCUUUGCCGCCGUCCCCUUUCUCCCUUCCACCAAUCUGUUCUUCCUAAUCGGCUUUCUGGUUGCUGAGCGCGUGCUCUACAUCCCCUCUCUAGGCUGGUGCCUCCUACUGGGCUACCUGCUGAAGCUGGCCUUGGAGCGCAGCACGGGGCGUAGCCGCCAGCUUGUGCUAGGCCUUGCGCUGCUGCUGCUGGUUGCCUACUCGGGCCGGACGCUGGCGCGUAACGCCGACUGGGCGUCCGAGGAGGCGUUGUGGCGGUCAGCCGAGGCUGUGGUGCCCUCCAAUGGCAAGGUCAACUUCAACCUCGGCAACGUUCAUUUUGCACGCGGCGAGUACGCCCAAGCUGUCGCUUACUUUAACGUCUCGCUGAUAGCCUCGCCUGACGACCCAUCAACGCUCAUCAACAUUGCAACGUGCUACGCCAAGAUGAAUGCGUUUGACACCGCCAUCGAGUACUACGAGGCCGCCUCUAAGCUCGCCACCAACCUGGGCCAGUUCUUCAACUGGGGCGCCAUUCUGGAGCAUCGCGGGCAGUACGAGGAAGCCAUCAAAGUCUUUCAUAUGGCAUCCGAGUUCUCGCCACACGGCGGCCGCUUGGCUCUCUACCAGGACGAUCCAAAGAUGAAGGCACUUGCGGCCAUGCACGAGGGUACGCUGCUGUGCCGUGUUGGCCGCGGCCGCGAUGGCCUAGACCGCUUUUACUACGCCGUCCGCGUUGACCCAAAUCUCGCAGAGGCCUGGAUGCGCAUCGGCCUCGAACACUCGGUCAAUGGCGAGCUCGACAAAGCUGUGCCAGCCCUGGAGCGCUCGCUCGCACUUGAUCCAUCGCUUCACUAUUCAGCCGACGAGCUGGCCAAGAUCCGUACCGGCGAGCGAUCAGCUGCCGACACGCCGCGAGAGCUUCCACUCUCAGCACAGAUCGCCGCCGCGCAGGACCACGUCGCCGCCCGCCCGAACGAUCCGGCUGCACACCUCGCGCUCGCCUCGCUCUACCACGCAACCGGAGAAUAUCGCCUGGCGUUGGCCUCGACAAACCACGCGCUCGACCACGCGCCGGAGAGCAUCGACGCGCUUGCCUUUGCCACCCAGCUCCACCUCGAAGCUGGCGAGACGAGAGCUGCACUUGAUGCCGCAAACCGCGCUGCCGCGCUGCCGGGUGCGACGCCACGGCUUCACAUGCUGCAUGGUCUCGCGCUCGUCGACAGCGGUGAUACACUCGCUGGCGUUGCCGCGCUCGAGCGCGCGGUCGGUGGUGAUUCAUCGCUUGCAGAGGCUCAUCUCGUGCUCGGGCGUGUGGCCCUGGCGAGUGGUGACGCCCAUCGCGCCGCUGGCCGGCUGCGCAAGGCGUACGCGGCCCGAGUCCGCGCCGCCGGCGGUGAUAAGAGUGCCGCCGCGGCGUUGCCUGUUCUCUACGAGCUGGCUGAAGCACUGCUAGCAGCCGGCAAGCGAACUGCGGCGCGCAAGGCGCUUUCACGCCUUGUGGCCGCUGAUCCUGACUUUGCUGGCGCACAGGUCCUGCUCGACUCGCUACAGUAGCCACAUCACACUCGCUUUAUCUCCUGCGUCUUGCUUACUUGAGCGCAAUGUUGAGGAACUUGCGGCUCUUGAAGCACAUCCACCACUUGGACGCCGGCGACGUCUCGUCCGGGUACACAAGAUCGACGAGCCGGAUGCCGAGCUCCUGGCGGAGCUGGGUAAAGUAGGCGCGGAUCUCGUCGGCCUCGGCCCGCGACUCGGGAGCUGAGAAGAAGCCGCCGAGCUCAAACUGCGCGUCGCCAGGGAUGUUAAAGUUGCUGAGCGAGAGCGUGUACAGGG